AUGUUGUGGGGCAAGCGGAAGGAGAAACGAGAGCUGCGCACCUUCGAGGAUCUCACCCGAUUCCCGAUGGCCUUCUACAAGACGAUCGGCGAAGAUCUGUACUCGGAUCGGGACAAGAACCUCGUCCGCCGGUAUCUCCUGCGCUUCUAUCUGGUAAUGGGCUUUCUCAACUUCAACGCGUAUGUGGUGGGCGAGAUAGCCUACUUCAUAGUGCACAUCACGUCGACGACCACGUUGCUGGAGGCCACCGCAGUGGCACCGUGCAUCGGCUUCAGCUUCAUGGCCGAUUUCAAGCAGUUCGGGCUGACUGUGAAUCGGGGGCGCCUCGUCCAGCUGCUAGACGAUCUCAAGGCGUUAUUUCCCACCACCCUGGAGACGCAGCGGGCGUACAACGUGUCCUACUACCAGCGGCACAUGAACCAGGUGAUGACCUUGUUUACGAUCCUGUGCAUGACCUACACCUCGUCGUUCAGCUUCUAUCCGGCCAUCAAGGCCACAAUAAAGUACUACUUUCUUGGCUCUGAGAUCUUUGAGCGGAACUACGGAUUUCACAUUCUAUUUCCCUACGAUGCGGAGACGGAUCUGACCGUUUACUGGUUCUCCUAUUGGGGCCUGGCCCAUUGCGCCUAUGUGGCCGGGGUGUCCUAUGUCUGUGUGGAUCUGCUCCUGAUCACGACCAUCACCCAGCUGACGAUGCACUUCAGCUAUAUGGCCGACACUCUGGAGGCCUACGACGGCGACGAGCACACGGACGAGGAGAACAUCAAGUACCUGCACAAUCUGGUGGUCUACCAUUCAAGGGCCUUAGAUCUCAGCGAGGAGGUGAACAGCAUCUUCAGCUUCACCAUCCUGUGGAACUUCAUUGCGGCGUCUCUGGUGAUUUGCUUUGCUGGGUUCCAGAUCACGGCCUCCAAUGUGGAGGAUAUAGUGCUCUACUUCAUCUUCUUCUCGGCCUCUCUGGUUCAGGUCUUUGUCGUCUGCUACUAUGGCGAUGAAAUGAUCUCUUCGAGUUCCCGGAUUGGUCAUGCCGCCUUCAAUCAGAACUGGUUGCCCUGCAGCACCCAGUACAAGAUGAUCCUUAAGUACAUCAUCAUGCGCAGCCAGAAGCCCGCCUCCAUACGACCACCGACCUUUCCGCCCAUAUCGUUCAACACCUUCAUGAAGGUCAUCAGCAUGUCGUAUCAGUUCUUUGCUCUUCUGCGCACAACUUACUACGGCUGAGGGUGCAUCGCCACAUAUUAAGGGAAAAUUGCAUAGAAGAUUGAAGGAAACAUAAACAUAUAACAAAAGACACAUUUUUUUGGUAGUGCUAGAAACCAUCUAGAGU